AUGACAAAUAUGGAUAUACCAAAUUGUAAAAAUGUCAAGGAAAACAGUAUCAGUCUUAAUAAGGACAACGAAGAUGAAAUACAUAGUGAUUUUAUAAAAAAAAGAAAAAAAAGUGAAAUCUCGAAGUUUGACAAUAGAAAUAAAAAUAUCAAUUUAUUUAUUAGUAAACAAGAUAAGAAAGUUUAUUGCUCAGGAUUAAAUGAUAGCAAAGACGUAAGUAUUAAUAGUUAUAAACCAGAAUACACAAAUGAAUUAGGGACAUGCUAUAAGAACCCUGAUAAAAAUACAAUUUUAAGUAAUACCCCGAAAAGAGAAAAUACACAUUUAGAAAUGGAAAAAAAUAACAUAAACAAUUUAAAUAAAUAUAAAAAUGAAUUAGAUAAUAGGAUUAAAAGAAAAAUUAAUCCUCUAAAACAAAAUAGUGAAAAAAAAAAAAUCAAAAAAAAUUUCAACAAUGAAAUAGGACCUAUAUUAAACAAUUCAGACAUUCAAAAUAAUUUUGAUAUUAGAUACGAUAUAAAUAAAACUAAUAAUAUCACUAAAUCAGAUAAAAAAUAUGAAAAUUACAAUGAAAAUAUAAAAAAAGGAAUGAUAGAAAAUAAAACAAUUUUAAUAGAUGAGGCUUUGAAAGAAUACCCAAGAAUAUUCGUAACGAGAUUACCAUUUGAGGUAAAUAGGAAUGAUCUUGAAAAUUAUUUUUCAAAGUAUGGUAAAAUAAUAGAUAUAUAUGUUUCAAAAAACUUAUCAAAUAAUAAAAAUAAGGGAUUCGGAUUUGUUUCAUUCGAAAACCAAAUCUCUAUGGACAAAGCACUCAAUGAAAAGAUGCAUAUCAUUUGUGGAAAAGAAAUUGUCGUUGAUGUGGCAUCGAUGAGGGAUCCUAAAUCGAAGCAUCUUUUUUACCUCCCAUCUUAUCACUACUUAUCAAGGAAUCCAAAAAAUGAAAAAAAAUAUGCGAAUAAAAUUCAAAACAGUAAUAUACAAUUUAACCCAUAUUUAAAUAUACAAAAUAAUAUUAACACAAGAGAUAUUUCACAAAAUAUGCAAAAUGAUUUUCUCAUGAACAAUUAUUAUAAUAUACACUCUAACAGUAAAGAUAAUACACCAAUCGAUUCAUUAAAUCAUAAAUCAAUUUUUAAAAAUAACAACAUCCCAGUUCCAUAUUUCCCAUCAUUUGGAUAUAAUACUAAUCCGAAAUAUUUAAAUCAAAUGGCAUAUUCAAAUUUCACAGAUUAUGCUACUCAUGAUUAUUAUUGGAACCUUACACAAAAUUAUAAUUGGAAUAAUUCAUAUUUACAUAAUGAAAAUAUUUACAAUUCGAAAAAUAUGGACUAUCCAUACUAUUUUUCCAAUCCUCAAUAUAUAAAUCAAGGUGCCACUAUUUUGAAAAACAAAAUGACUCACCAAAAUACAAUGUUUGAUGAAAAUAAAUUAGCAUAUCCUACUAAUAUAGGCACAUGUAAAGGCUAUAAAAAUAAUUACUCAUCAUUUAUUCCCAAACUCCCUGGUGAUGAAUGGAACAAGCGGACAUCCAAAUUAUUUGUUACAAAAUUAAAUAGUGUAACUACUACAGAGACUCUUCGAAAUUAUUUCAAAAAUUACGGAGAGAUCAUAGAUAUAUAUAUGCCAAAUGACGCAUGUACAAACAAGCCAAGGGGGAUAGCUUUCGUUACAUUCCUAGACAGUGAAUGUGUUAAGAAGAUAUUAUCAAAUAAAAAUUAUAAACAUAUAAUUGACGGAAAAGAAGUAGUUGUAGAUCUAGCAAAUCUCGAAACAAAAAGCAAAAAAAGUUUUUGCUACUCUUGA